AUGCCGUCGCCACCAGCAAGGCUAGACUCACAAAGCAACAAGAAGCAUUCUGCCAGGAAGCAUGGUUCAUCUCCAGCAAGGUCAAACAUUGACGCCGAGGCCAAUAUCCAAUACGAAGAGAAUCUAGAGGUGCCGAAUCCUGGUUUAGCUGGUCUGGAUAUACAUCUUAGUAGCACCAAUGAUGGCUGGGGCUCGGUACCUUCAACACGUCUGGAAAAUUCUCAGAACACUCCAGAGGCAGCGUAUGAGCGCGCUUCUGGAUCUCGAACACCCGUCCGUCUACACAACAAAGCCCACGGCGACCGGAUACCGAGUUUACAGAUACCAUUGGCUGUCCCCGGUAGCUUUCCUUCUCCGCCCGAUUCUAUCCAGCCCGAAGACUCCAGAUCCGAGACUUCUCCAACAACGAAGAGGUUAUCGUCUGGUGAUGCACGUUCCCUAGCUUCGGGAUCCACACUCCGGCAAUCUGUCUCCCUAUCUGUCUCUGGCGUUCUUGGCGAGAAAGUGUAUCAGUACAAGCAGCUGAGCGCUUUCCAGUUCAGGCUGGUCAGGAUCCUACCUAAAACGAUGUCACUGAUCAAAUGUGAGCUCGCGGCUUACUCGCUCGAGGAUCCACCAGGCUACAUCGCAAUCUCUUACGCAUGGGGUGAUACUGACGAUAAGAAGAGGGUUCAACUUGAAGGAGUAGAUGUCCCGGUCUCAGCAAGCCUUCAUGGUGCGCUGUUUGCGCUACGAGCCAAGAAGGAAAGCGUCUUGGUAUGGGUAGAUGCGUUGUCAAUCGAUCAGCAGAAUGUCGCCGAAAGAACUCAGCAGGUCCAACUAAUGACGUACAUCUACUCUCGUGCGAUCUCUGUUGCAAUAUGGCUUGGUCCAGAAGCGGAUGACAGUACCAUGGCAAUGGAAACCUUGAGUGAAGCAACGGCACAGUCUACCGACAGCGAGCGCAUAGAAUCGCUCAUGUCGUCCGAACAUGGGAAGGCACAACUCUCCUCUGUGGUCACACUUUUCGAAAGAGAAUAUUGGUCACGUCUCUGGGUUGUGCAAGAAGUUUUCAAUGCUCAGGAGAUUACCGUAUAUUGCGGCGCUACGAGUCUUCCCUGGUCCGUGUAUCGACUAGCAACCAAUGUAUUCUGGCGCCACAAGAGCUUGAUCGAUCAUUACUUUCCCGGGAGCCUGAGUCAUGGUGGGCAGCGAGCAUCAUCGACGCAGUUCACGUACUCGCAAGUGUUGGUCUACCAUGGGCCUAGCAGUAUCCCCGACGUCAGCUCCUUUUAUGGCCUCGGAGAGGAAUCCCUACUGGAAGUAAUGCGCGUUUGUCGACGAAAAUUGAGCGCAGAUCCCAGGGACAAGCUCUAUGGCAUAUUGGGUCUAUUGCCCGAGGACAUCCGCAACGAAUUCCCAGUGGACUACAGCCUGUCGGUAAAGGAAGUGUAUGUCAGGGUAUUUGACUACCUUCUUUGUACCACAGAGCGGUUGGAUGUGUUAUGCGAAACUGUACACUUUCCACUACACACUAGCUCCAACCUGCCUAGCUGGGUACCUGACUGGUCUCACAAUCCCGAAACGACAUCUCUGGGCCGUUUGUGUAAUUCUUCAGCAGCAGGGUCUGUCAAGGCCGUGGCUAGAGUCCUGGAUGAUCGAAGGAAGUUGGAAAUAUCUGCCAUAUAUCUUGACACCAUUCGUAGCCAUGGCAUUGCCGUGGGUACUCUGUGCACCCUGGCUGAUUAUGUCAUGGCGUUUAUCCACUGGCGAGCGCAAUUGCUCAGCAAUACAAAAGAUGACGAAAGCGAAGCACGUCAGGAGGACUUCUGCAGAACACUGUCUCUUGAUCAGCUACCCCCAGGGUGGAAGGACGGGUCUUGGAGAGCUGCGUGCUACCACGUUUUUGCUUCUUUGGCUCACGAACGGAUACCACGACUCCCGCUUGAUGAAGAGCUUUGGCGCUAUGUUGACGUGAAUGCUGGCGUCAAGGCGGAAGAUCGGAGGCGCUUCCUUCAAGAACAUUUCGGCUCGCGAAUGAUGGGUCGAUGCUUUUGCAUCACCGAAGAUGGAUCGAUAGGGAUGGGGUCAGGCUUUAUGGCCGCUGGCGACACCGUGGUGGUUCCACUGGGCUGUCCGACUCCAGUACUGCUUCGCCCAGAAGGACCGCGAGGCGAGUAUAGAUACGUCGGUGACGUCUACAUACACGGAUACAUGGAUGGUAGAGCAGUCAAGCACUGGCAAAGCGGAGAACGGGAGCUGCGCAAGUUCGUGCUGCACUAG